GUGUCGUCGGUGCAUUAGUUAAAGCAGAUGAGCCUCAAGUAGUCGCAUUUUUGCUACAGACAGAAAUAAUACCCUUAUGUUUACGUAUCAUGGAGACAGGAUCAGAGCUAUCCAAGACCGUGGCUACGUUUAUAGUGCAGAAGGUGUUGCUGGACGACGUGGGUUUGUCUUACAUCUGCGCAACUGCUGAGCGGUUUUACGCUGUCUCGACAGUUCUUUGUAAUAUGGUUGCAGGGGCAGGCGAAGCCCCUUCAAAUAGGCUUUUAAAACAUGUCAUCAGAUGCUACCUCCGCCUCGCCGACAACUCCAGGGCGCGAGAAGCUCUGAGGCAGUGCCUUCCCGAAGCCCUCAAGAACCCUGAAUUGCAUGCAAGUUUAAAGGAUGAUCCAGCAACAAAGAAGUGGUUGAUGCAGCUGCUGCAUGCAGUUGGAGAUACACCGCAGCAGCAGCAAACUGCUGCUCUGCCUCCCCCUUCGUAA